AUGACCAUGGGGAAGAUCAUCUUCUACGAGGACAGGAACUUCCAGGGUCGUUCCUAUGAGACCAGCACCGAUUGUCCUGAGCUGACCUCCUUCCUGAGCAGGUGCAACUCCUGCAGGGUGGAGAGUGGCUGCUUCAUGGUCUAUGAUCGUGCCAACUUCAUGGGAAACCAGUACUUUGCCAGGAGAGGAGAGUACUCCGACUACCAGCGUAUGGGCAUGAGUGAUUGCAUUAGGUCCUGUCGCAUGAUCCCCAUGCACAGGGGACAGUUCAGGAUCAGAAUUUAUGAGAGGGAGAACUUCGGAGGCCAGAUGCAUGAGCUGAUGGACGACUGCGACAACAUGAUGGAUCGUUUCCGCAUGUCUGACUGCCAGUCCUGCAACGUGAUGGACGGCCACUGGCUGAUGUACGAGCAGCCCAGCUACCGGGGCAGGAUGGUGUACCUGAGGCCAGGAGAGUACAGGACCCCUAGAGAGAUGGGAAUAAGCAACGUCAUGAGAUUUAGCUCCCUCAGACGUAUCAUGGAUUCCUGUUAA